AUGCAACGUAACGGUGGCUCUGGAGGCUUUGCAAGCUUUCGAACAUGCGUCCUGGGGAUGGGUCGUGUAUUGGGCGUUGGCUUGUCGUCCGUCGCAGCUGCGCCAUUGGUCCAGACAGAGCCGCAUGGUCAUCAUGACCCCGAAGGGACACCCGUGUGGGUGCUUUAUGUGGCCUCAAUGGCCCUCGUGUUGCUUGGCGGGGCUUUUGCUGGCUUAACCAUUGCCUUGAUGGGGCAAGAUAGCAUUUAUCUUCAAGUCGUGUCUGGCGAUCCAAUGGAACCGCAAUACAAGAAUGCCAAGAGAGUGUUGAGCUUGUUGAACAAGGGCAAGCAUUGGGUUCUCGUUACUUUGCUCCUCGCCAACGUUAUUGUGAACGAAUCGUUGCCUGUUGUCCUCGAUAGGACAUUGGGUGGCGGUGUUGCUGCUGUUGUCGGCAGUACUGUUCUCAUUGUCAUCUUUGGCGAAAUCGUCCCUCAGUCUAUCUGCGUCCGCUACGGCCUGCCUAUUGGCGGAUAUAUGUCGACACCUGUUCUCAUAUUAAUGUACCUCAUGAGUCCUGUUGCGUGGCCAACCGCGAAGCUACUUGAUUGGAUCCUCGGCGAGGACCAUGGCACAGUGUAUAAAAAGAGUGGCCUCAAGACCCUAGUGACUCUUCACAAGUCUCUUGGAGAACUGUCCGAGCGACUAAAUCAAGACGAAGUGACUAUCAUCACCGCUGUUCUGGACCUCAAAGAUAAACCCGUAUCAGAGGUCAUGACUCCCAUGACUGAUGUGUUCACUUUGGCUGAAGAUCACGUUUUGGAUGAAAAGACAAUGGAUAAUAUUCUGUCGUCCGGUUACUCUCGCAUCCCCAUUUAUCGCUCAGGCAACGCUACAGACUUUGUUGGCAUGCUCCUCGUCAAGACUCUCAUCACAUACGACCCGGAAGACAGAAUACCUGUCCGAGAAAUUCCUCUUGGGGCCAUUGUUGAGACCAGACCAGAAACCAGCUGCUUGGAUAUUAUUAACUUUUUCCAGGAAGGCAAAUCUCACAUGGUUUUGGUAUCGGAUCAUCCUGGAUCUGAUCACGGUGCUUUGGGCGUUGUUACACUGGAGGAUGUCAUUGAGGAGCUUAUCGGAGAGGAAAUCGUGGACGAAUCAGACGUGUAUGUUGAUGUACACAAGGCGAUUCGGCGUCUGACACCGGCUCCUCGAGCCCGACGCAUUCAUGCCGAAGCCGGCGCCGCCGCCGUGGGCCGGAAACCAGGAGAUGGCGCAGCCCUGGUUCACCUUGCAGAAAACCUUGAUCUUCCCGAGCCCUUGGUUGGCUCACCUGGAGCGAUGAGCGAAGGAGUUCCAGAAAGGGUUGCCAAGACGGCCACCUUUAUGAAACGGCGCGGCUCUGCUGGACCAGACGGUACACCCAACAACAAACCCGUGCCCUUCAAGGCAUCAUUAGACGAAAUGAAACAGCAACUUCGACACCUGGCUCCCUCGAACCGUGCGGCUAAUCCUCGAAAUACUCGGACCAAUGUGUUCAAGAUUAAACAGGGCCUGAGUGUGACAACUUUUGUUGCGGGUGACGGUAAUGGCAGACCGGUUGACGGACCGGUGCUUAAACAGGACGAUGUCACGGAGGGUGAUGAGUCAACACCUCUGCUCAAUACGAUCAGCUUGAAUGGUGGCGGACAGGAGAACGGGUACGGAUCCGACAAGUCAAAAAAGGACAAGGCUAAAUCCAAAACGCCAGAGCGCCAAUGA